ACGGCGGAGCUGAACUGUGCUCACCAUCCGCUCACCUGCCUCCAGUUCACACACACACACACACACACACACACACACACACACGAGGAACUUAAAGAAAACCGGAGAGGAGCAAAAAGAUAAUUAAGGGAGAAAGGAACGACAGAGGAGACUCGAAUCGAGAGAGACGUAAUCAAAGAACAACAGCAGUUCUCCGCGUGUGCAGACAUGGGCUGUAAGUUGCAGAAGCCCCGAGGGUCAGAUGAAGCUCCGGGGAAGAUUUUCUCCACCCUCAGAAGAGCACAAGUGGAGACGCACUCGGGAGUGGCCUAUACAUAUCACUUCUUAGACUUCCUGUUAGGAAAAGAAGAGGUGGCAGUGUCCUCAUUGCUGUGUCUGUCGUCAGUCAGAGAGCUUCCUGUGCAGGUGUGUGAGUUGUAUCAGAAGGGGUUCGUGCUGGCUGCUGUCCAUCCCUUUGUUCACUCCUGCGGUCCUGCUAGUGCUAGCCUUCAGAAGCAGUUACACCGGGCUGUGCUCAUCAGAGAAACACACAGUGGUUCUGACAGUGGCCUGCUGAACUGGGUUAAGCCUCAUCUCACGACAGACGUGUGUUACCUCGGUCACCAGGACCCUGACCCAGACGUCAUACAGGGCUAUGUGAAAAAGGUGCAGGAUUUGGCUGAUCAGGGCGAUCUGUUUGUGGGGUUUUUGCCGCAGCCCGGCGGAGGUCCAUAUUUCCUUGGUCACUGGGAACCAGAAGAUCUUUCCUCCUUGCACUCCAGUCCCUGCUCUGUUCAUCACAGCAGCCGACCUCCGACCAUCAGCCCAGUGAGCGACCACAGCCAACAGGAUAGAGACAGUGGGGAUCAGCGAAACCAGAAUCAUACAAACUUAAAUUCAGACAACGAAGACUUUAUGAACCGCAGCUUGCAAAUACAAAGCACUGAGAGCAGCCAGUGCUGGAAUAAUCAGAAUCCUUUCGCUGAGAGCCAUCAGUCUCCUGAUUAUCAGUACUUAAACGUUGAAGGUGAAAGUGCGCAAGCUGAGGAUUUGAGGAACCGAGUGCCAUCGCAUGAGUUUAUAUUAAGCUCUUGUGCACCAGAGCCACAUCGGACCACAAGAAUGCAGCCGGACUUGCCCAGCUGUGAUUUGGCAGAAAACAACAAAAGAGAGCACAGAGAGCAGGUCAAAAGCCAAGACAAACACAGCAAGCGUAGCGGAACCACCCCGAUGCUGAAUCGUGUGCAGGUGUUCGCGCUGUAUAACCAUACGAUAGUUCUGUCGGGAUCGCCAAAGAUCUUUUCUCUGAGGGUUCCACUGCAGGUGCACAGGGAGGCGGGGCUUGUUAGCUCGGUUGACUCCCAUUGGCUGGACCACAUGACACAGCACUUCAGAAGUGGCGCGCAACUCAUCGACGGCUACUUUAACCUUGAAGAUGAUGCAGGAUCUUCUUCCAUUGUGGAGAGUGUUUUUAUCUUCCAGAGUGCUUCAGGUGAUGCUGGGCCAACCACAGUGUAUGACGCUAUUGUAGUUGAGCAAUGGACUGUUAUUGAUGGUGUUGCAGUGAAAACAGACUACAUCCCUCUGCUUCAGUCUCUGGCUCCGUACGGCUGGAGACUUAUGUGUGUGCUGCCAACUCCCAUCGUCAAAAUGAAAAGUGAUGGAAGUUUGGCCACAAAACAGAUCCUCUUCCUCCAGAGACCAACGCUGCCUCGCAAGAGGAGAGACUUGACGAAACUGCACCUCAGAGGUCAAAACAAAAGGAACUUAAAUAAUAAAAGGACACCAGAGAAUGAGACAUCACCGCUGGCAACAAUUGAGAGAGAAAUGGAACGGAUGGAGAGAGAAAACACAAGCCUGAUGAGACGACGUGAGAUUAUCCAGAAGGAAAAUGGGCAGAAUUUGCCAGAAAGCCCAGGGAGGAGAGAUGAAGCGGAAAGGACGGUGGAAUUCCACAUGCAGAGGCUCGACAUCCCAAACAGCCCAGAAAAAAAGGAUGAAAUUACAAACGGCAAUCAGGAACUGAAGCACACAAUUACGUGUGGUAAACACGAGGAUGUGCGAGCGGUCGUAACAGAGAGGGCUUUAUUCUCUGGAGUGUGCUGACAGUAUUCAUUUAUGGAUAUUUAAACAUUACAAUAUGUUCAUGUUUAUUCAGGCACAACACACUCUUCGUCAGGCCCGUGUCUGGGCAUAUACAUCUGCUGACAGAGUAAUUGUCCUGUGAGAUUGCAAAGAGGUGUUUGAAUCUUGCCGCUCUUAAUUAUUUGGUUUUUAAAGUGCAUUGCUGUAACAAAUGGCAAGAAUCUAACAAAUAUGUGAAAACAUCUGUUCAAAGCUCUUAAUAUGCUAAACGCCGACCGAUGUGUUGAGACUUGUAUCUGUGUGAAUCUGUGACGUUAACUCUUUUUAUUACAUGCAGUAUUAGCAUAUGCGAUAUAUCGUGCACUGGCUCAAAUGCAUAAAAUCCACAAAAUGCUCAUUUAUUUCAUCGGUAUUACAUCGGUUUUCUCAUUUAUGUACAUCAGUGAGGAUGGCAGUAACCAAUGUCUAAGUUUGUAAAGUAACAGUUAUAGUGAAUGUCUGUGAGACAGUUAAUGGUGUAAAUAAAAGCUUUCAAUAACAGGCUUCAUUUGCA